AUGUCGGAGUGGAAUAGUAAUAAAGCGUUCAGGGAAGUUUUUAGCAUGUUGCUGAAAGAUUUGAGAAGCUACGUAAAGAAGGUUGGUAAAUGCAGUAUUACUCUAAACGAGGAGAAACAAAUCAUCAGAGAAAUAAAACAACUUCAAGGGACGAGGGAUAAGGUUAUUGCAAACGCUGCUAUGAGGGCUGAAGUUCAAAAAUUUGUUGGUGAAAAAGAUGCCAUUCAAGACCAGGUCAAAUCUAUUGGCGUUGAUCUUGACGGGGUCCGCAAGGAUCAUCAAGCUAUCAAGGCCAAACUUAAGACACUCGAGACUGAAAAGGAGGCCAUAAACAAUGUGAUUGCUUCUUUAGAGGAGGAAUUGUGUGUAGUGAUCGAGAAAAAGGAUAAGGCCUAUCACAAAAUUAGUGAGCUGAGGAAUAAACGUGAAGAAGAGGUAUGUUAG